GAAAGCCUUCAACAACGAGUUAUACUCGUUGAAUGAGUAUAAGCCACCCAUCUCGAAGGCCAAGAUGACCCAAAUCACCAAGUCAGGCAUCAAGGCCAUUAAACAGCUCUCCCAGCUCCCCCAAAGCACUGGAGGAUGGGGUGGAGAGAGUUACAAAGAGAUAAGAGAAUCCCUAACCAGCUUAGUUCUACAAGCAUGUUGUGCAGAGUGUAGAGAAGUUCAUACAAAAGUGCAAACCAGAAUACAAGGUCCCGGGGUUGUAUGUUAUCGACUCGAUUGUGAGGCAGUCGCGCCACCAGUUCGGCACGGAGAAGGAUGUCUUUGCACCACGCUUCAGCAAGAAUAUCAUCGCCACAUUCCAGCACCUCUACCGUUGUCCCUCAGAUGACAAGAGUAAGAUAGUGCGGGUCCUGAACUUGUGGCAAAAGAAUGCUGUCUUCAAGAGCGACAUCAUCCAGCCGUUGUUGGACAUGGCUGCCGGGAUUCCUCCUCCGAGCGUUACUCCGGUCAUGUCAGGCAGCGCUGCCCCCGUCAAUAACACCACACCUGGCACACCAGCAACACCAGCCACGCCCGCCAACAUUGUUCAGGGUCUUCCUGACUGGGCUUCGCAGAUUACCAACACAGACACCGUGGCAGCUGUGGCGCAAAUUUUACAAACUCCCCAGGGCCAGCAGCUUCAACAGCUCGUACAGAGCCUGCAAAUGCAGCAGCAAAAGCCUCAGCCUUCAUUGCUCCAGGCCUUGGAUGCUGGUCUGGUUGUGCAGCUGCAAGCUCUCACCGCUCAACUCACUGCAGCCGCUACUGCCAACAGCCUCAAUCCCCUCGAGCAGAGGGUCUCCUCUUUUAACAAGAAACUCUUGGGGCAGUUUGACUUUGGAAAUGAGGCUGAGCGUGUUGAAGAAGCUAAGAAGGAAGCGGCCUCCUCUCAACUGCCAAUGGUGUCGGAGCCCAUGAACAGCUCACUCUUCCACCAACUUGCUGAGCAGCUACAGCAGCAGAACCUGGAGCAGUUUCAGAAGCAACUGCUGGAGCACCAGCAAAAGGCAAUGAGCAUUGACGGGCAAGACACUCUAUAUGGACAAGAGAACUCGGUUGCAACUGCUCAGACGAGCUGUCAGCCGCAGCUACCCGAGCCAGAAAUUAAGAUGGAUGACACCAUAGACAACCAGCAACAGGACAUGGACCUUGAUGAGGGCCCAGAUGGAAUGGAAGAGGAUAACUUUGAGGCAGAAGACACAAAGACUGUCACAACCCGCUCCAGGACACGCUCGAGGUCACGUUCUCGGUCUCCCAAAAGGAGAAGGUCCAGGUCCCGCUCUGGGUCUCGUAAGCGUAAGCAUCGUAAGCGGUCACGAUCACGCUCCAGAGAUCGUAAGAGAAAGACGUCACGUUCGUACUCAAGCGAAAGACGUGCCCGAGAACGGGAAAAGGAGCGGCAGAAGAAAGGACUGCCUCCGAUACGAUCCAAGACUCUAAGUGUGUGCAGCACAACUCUUUGGGUUGGUCAAGUGGACAAAAAGGCUUCUCAACAAGACCUCACAAACCUGUUUGAAGAGUUUGGCCAAAUAGAGUCAAUAAAUAUGAUCCCUCCGAGAGGCUGCGCCUACAUCUGUAUGGUCCACAGACAAGACGCCUACCGUGCACGCCAAAAGCUCAGCACAGGUUCCUGCAAAAUUGGUUCCAAGAUCAUCAAGAUUGCUUGGGCCCUAAACAAAGGAGUAAGACAAGAAUACAAGCAGUUUUGGGAUGUGGACCUUGGAGUCACCUACAUACCUUGGGAGAAAGUUAAGGUGGAUGACUUGGAUGACUUUGCCGAAGGAGGAAUCAUUGAUCAGGAGACUGUCAAUGAAGAGUGGGACACAGUUAAGAGUUCAGAGGCAACCAAGGAUGGUAUAAUCCAACCACUAAGCACCGAGACGAAAGCAUCGAACAGCCAGAGUGAAAGCUACAACCAGCCAGUCCCCAUGAUGCCGGUGCAGCUACCAGUGCCCCAGGCCGUCCCUGGUCCAGUCGGCUUGGUGCCUCCUAACUUCCCUGUCAAUAUGAGCAUCCCCCCGCCAGGUUAUGGGCCGCCCCCACCUUUCCUAAGGCCCACCUUCAAUGCCUCGCAACCACCCCCAGGUUAUAUGCCAGCAGCACAGACUGCAGCCAUGGCCUCAGCACCAACUUCUCUAGUGCCGCCCCCUGUGGCAACCAGCCAGGAGACGGCGAAGGAAUCUCCGUUCAGCUCUAUGAUCGCAACAACCAGCUCUAUGCCUGGUGGCUUCAUGUCCUCCGCCAUCUCUGGAGCUAAUGUAUUUAAUGCGGUUGGAGUUCAAAGUCAGCAGCACUCGGGUGACAAAAUGCCGCCUUCUGCCAAGGGUUUGGAGGGGACACCGGAGCUUUCUCUUCCAGGCAUGCAUAAUGCAGUUCGCAGUGGAAUGGGCCUCCUUGGCAUGCACCCCGCAGCCCACCCACUUCACCAGGCGGGAAUGGCGGGACAAAGAAUGCCUGGAAUGUUGCAACUCGACGUGCGUCCUAACCUCCUUCCGCCUGGGGCCGGGGCUCGCUUUCCUCUCCUCCUCCAGGGACCUGGCCAACAGGCUGGUGGCCUUCUUGACAGCCCCCUUCAGGCACAAGCCCAUGUCAGGCCUCCAUUUUCUCAAAUGGACCCAUUUCACAGGCCCCCUCCCCAGGCCAAUGAUGUAUCCAAAACAGAGGAGUCUUCUUCGGGGGCUGAUGAAGGCAAAGACCAGGACUACCGCUUCCCCCCAGUGGAGAAGCAGAGUACAGGUCUGCUGAGAACACCUCCACCAGAGCAUCGGGCGCCCCUUGGCGGGGGAGGGGGAGGAGGCAGGCCCCCUUUGCUGCAAACACCAGGGACUCAGCCAGCCAGAGGCAGUCUGCUUGGCCGUCUGCAGGCUCUUGCCGGGUUUACCCCCGAUAAUCACUGGAACCAGUCGAGGGGGGACUUUGAUGAACGAGACGGCAUGGAUCGCCCCAACCCGGGGCAGAACUUCCCGAAUCGCUUUGACAACCGUCCCGCUAAUACAGCUCCCAAAAACGUUGCCGGGACACAGCCUUGGAACCGCAGCGGUGGCGGUCCAGCCGGUUUCGAAAGUGACCUAGAUGAACGAAGAUCGCAAUGGGACAGACAAAGAGACAGCGAUGAGAGAGAUUUUGACUUCCGGAGGGAAAUGAAUGGAAAUCGUCAAAACCGCGAGCGGGAUAGAGACCGGGAGCGAGGGCGAGACCUUCCCCGAGAGCACGACAAAGACCGCAAUAGUGACCGAGAGCGGGAACGCGGCAAUUGGACACCUGUUCUCCCUCUCCCAACACCUCUUCUUCCUACGCCCCCUCUCAUCCCCAAUCUGAAUCUAAACCAAGGGAAACUGCUUACCCCUCUCAGAUUGAACAACCCCAUUCAGUCCCGAUUCCAGUCCCCCCUGCUGUCUCAAGCUCAGGCCAAAGUGCCUCUGUUAGGUCAGCAUCAGCUGCCGGUUCCUGUCCAGUCACCAGAGGUCAGAAAAGCCAGCCCAGCAGCUGAAUCCCAUAGCCCUUUGCCUCAGACCCCCCAAUCCCAAUCCCUGCCCUCAACCCAACCUGACAACAAGGCUCAGACCCCAUUGCCCAGUUCACUCACUGAGGCCCGAUCAUCGCCCCAGCCAGAGACCACUCUACUCCCCAAAUCACCACCCCAAGACUCGGACAAGGCCUGUCCCCAGGCCACCAGGUCCUCAGACACUCCGAGCCGAGAAUCUCCUUUAGGCGUCACGCAAGCUGUCAGCCCCCCUGUAGAGUUGACGCACUCUCUGGAGGCGCAGCUAUGCCCACAGGUGGAGACUGAAGACGUCUCAAAAGAGAAAACCCCUUCCCCUAAAGCCCAGUGGCUCAAUGGAGCUGAGAUGGACAAAAGCACGGCGUUCGAGCCCACGCCGGAUGCCUCUCCCGAGCCCACUGAGUCUGCGCUUCCUGAAAGUAAAGCCGAGCAGGAGCAGGCCGGGUCUCCUCAGGACGUAGACAUUGUACAGAGUGAGGCCAUGGAGGAAGCUGCGAGUGAGCCAGUGCUAGACACUGACACAGACACUGAGGGGACAUAAUCAUCACUCAGUAGGUAACAGAUCAUUUUGUAUAGUUGUCUCUUCUUCUCUGUACUCAUGUCAGCAAAGCAUCACCACCACACCGGACACGGCAAAUAGCUCACAAUUACCAGUGUACUUAAAUAGAGAGCUCCUUAGUGACUUAUUCUGAGAACAUUUUGUUUGUUUGUACAGUAUUUUGUUUCCGUUUUAAUUUGUACUGCCACCACAUCAAGUUUUAGCAAGCAUAGCUUAAGUAGGUAUCAAACGGAGGGUCGUACGUUUGCAAGUGGUAGCGAAUACGCGCCCUCGUCACGGUUCACUCAAGGUCACAUCUGACAACCUUGAACGAACCGUGACGAAAAAAUAUCACUAUCCACUCGCAAACGUUUGCCGCUCAGUGGGAUACGGGUACGUUUUAUCUGAUCGACUACCCCAAACGGUUUGUGUGGGGGCACGCGCUUUGACCUUCCUAUGGAAGAAAGGAUGACAUCAGGGCUGUUCAGCAAUGGAUUGUUGACUGUUCAGCAAUGGAUACAAUUGCACACAACACUGGAAAAUUGCAGUUGUGCGCUCAUUUCUUACACCUUCUUUUAAAAUGCUGCUGCAAAGUUUUAGUGAAUGCUUUUAAGGUGUCUUGUGCUUUUUUUACACGCACAUCUAAGCCUGAUAAAACAUUACGGCUAUUGCUACUUCUCAAUUUGGAACCGUAUGGAAAAAAAAAAAAAACAUUAUUAUGCUGUAUAUGUAAUGUGUUUCUAACUAUGAUGAAGCUGAGCAAAACAGUAACAGCAUGGGGAGGAGCAAUGGAUAAGACAAUGAACAGAGGGAUGCGAUGGAUGUCAGGUGCAUUUUGUUUUAGUGUGAAAUAAACAACUGUCUCCUUAAACACAUGCUUUAGGACUGCUUUUCUGACCCAGGACAACCGGAAACAUUUCUUCACACGCGCGCACACUAUGUGCCGUCACUUCAGACAGUAAAUGUUAUUUGGAACUGAAAAUGCAGCUAGACCAUCCAUCCACUCUGGUGGAUGGGGAACACGGGACAUAGUUUAAAUUACAGAUGAUUUCAGCCUGUGUUGUGCUUGGUGACUGUUGCAGAUGAUUGGAUUGUGCCUUUUCAAUGGACUCUUUUCAUUGCUCCUGUGCGAUACACACCAAAAUGCGUGUGUGUGUGUGUGCGCAUACUACCUGGACAGAAUUAACAAACCUUUCAUGUGCGGUAGCUGGAGAGUUUGUACAGCACUCAAUUUAGAAGAGACAAUAUACUUGUUCUGUGCAUGCAGCCUUGUAGCCUCUUGUCGUGUUCAUUUCAUGCUUGUAGUGCUCUUCUGUUCAGGCACAUCCCCGGAGAUGCUUAGGCUACUGUUCCACUGCAGGAGAUGGUAUAAUAAAUAAAAGUUGAAGGUGCAUC